CACUAUGGCUGUGAGCGCGUGCAGGACGUUUUUGGCGCUCUUUGUGACGCUCUGCACACCUGGAUUUGGCUUCUCAGCGGACAAGCCUCAGAAGAAGCCUGCACCUGUGGACAAGAGUCUGAGAGCGGGCUGGGAGUCCUCCAUACUGCUGGACGGGACCCCAGUGGACCGCUUUGUGCUCCCCUCCAGGCCAGGACGAUCUCACCGCUUCACCAAGUGGGACAAGGGCAGUAAGCCUAACCUGUUUGAGGAUGUGGAUCCAGAUUGGCUGAACCUGGAUGGCUUUGCUGUUCUGAGCGCUGCACCUGUCAACUCGGCAGUCCCUGUCAGACCUCGUAACUCCCCGGCUAGAAACAGUUCAUCUGCACACCGCUCUGCUCGUGUGAACCGGACACUUCACCCCUCGACUCCAUCCCGUCCCAGGACCCAGCAUUCCUCUGCCCCAUCCAGCCCAAAGUCGCCCCCCUCCAGGACUCUACGCCGGGCUCCCCAGUCCUCCUCAGGCCCCCGGCAGCCCGAGAGGUACUCUGCCGGGACGCCCCAGCUGGAGAGGAGACGGUAUCACCACACCAAACCUCAGGCAGACCAAAGGAGGCACAGGCAGGCUCCCAAACUAACCUCUGAGUCGGUUCAUGUGGUGUCAAUGCAGGCUCUCAACAAACCAGGACAAAGCACAGCCAGCAGAGGAGCAGCCAAAGCACACAUACCAGAACCCCCUCCAGAGUAUGAGGCGCGGGACAUCACUGUGAGGGUCAUGUCUCCCAAAUCAGUGCUCAUCUCGUGGGUAGACCCUGCCGUGGAGAUGGGCAAAGUGGAGCCAGGGACUGUAAGAUCCUACACAGUGCGGUACAGGGAGAAGGGUGAGUCUGCGCGCUGGGAGUACAAGGACAGCGCUCAGAGGAGGAUGAUGAUAGGCGACCUGAUGGCUGACGGCAUGUACGAGUUCUCUGUGCGCAUCAACCACGAGAACAACCAGGGAAAGUGGAGCGUGUCCGUGUUCCAGAGAACCCCCGAGUCUGCUCCGUCUGGGCCGCCCGAAAACUUUGAGGUCAAGCCUCUCCGAGGAAAAGGAACAGCCGUCAUUGCAACAUGGGACCCUCCAGAUGAACCCAAUGGGAGGAUACGAGAAUACACCCUGUCCUACGCUCCUGCCAUGAAACCUUUUGGGAUGAAGAGCCUGACCUACUCAGGCAGCACCUCCUCGGCCACAGUGGACGGCCUGACCCCUGGAGACCGCUACAUCUUUAAGAUCCGAGCCUCCAACCGCAGAGGUCAUGGCCCGCAGAGCAAGGCCUUCAGUGUGGCCAUGCCUGGAUCCAGCCGCACAGCCUCAAAAAAGAUUGAAGUUAGAAGAACAACCCAAGCUCCUAUGGAACAAGACACCGAAUAUGAUGACUUCGACAUAGAGACUACCCCAGCCCCUACUACUGCCACUACUACUACUACUACAACUACAAUACCUACAACUACUACUUCUACUACUACUACUCACCGAGCUCCUCCAGGUCGCAGGCCUUUAUCACGAACGAGAUCCUACCAUGACAUUUUUUCAUCUGUUCGAGGGUCUGCUAGAAAUGGACGUAGAGGAACUUCUAAAAUAAAAGUACAAACUACAUCGCUACCAACUACUACUACAACCACACCAACAACUACUACAACUACGACUACUACUACGACAAAAGCCACAACUACACCACCAGUCCUGGAAACAACUACUAUGGAAAAUAAUGAUGUUUUUGAAGAUGACAGAGAAGCAUUGACAACCAAGACACCGAGUUUAAAAAUACUGACGGCAUCGCCAACUAAAAAAGCCAAACCUUCACAGAGAAGGCCUAUAAAAAUCAGAGUACACCAAAAACCUGGUUCCAAAACAAACUCAAAAAAUGAAUUGUCCGCCAGUAAUUCACAUAUUACGACUACGACAACUACGACUACACCAAAUAUUCAAGAAUCGGCUGCUAAGAGAAUGGACUAUGCCGCAAACGCAUUUCCUGAUAGCAAAAAUGUACCAAUACAAAGCAAGACACCAAUUUUAAAUGUGCAAAAUGCCAAUUUGCAGCCAGAGAAGACAGCGAUUUCAAGCAGAGGUAGUGUGGUAAGAGGUUCAGGUGGAUUAGCUGGUAGAUAUGGUUUUAACCGAAGAAAUCCUACCACUGUAUUUAGAGGUUUGACUAGAAAUGGGUAUAAACCAGUAUUGACAUCUGCACUGUCCAACGCAAGUGUCCCUAGCAGUGGUCAAAGUAAUAUACAAAAUAGGUUUAGUAACAGUGAGAGUAGUUUGAAUGGAAAUUACCCAACAAGAGGAAUUUCUGUUUCACGUCAGCAAGAGACUUCAGAUGAUGAUAAACCAGCUGACACCCAGGAAACAUUACAAAGUGGUGCUGCAAUAUCAAAAAGUAAUUCUGAUUCAAAAAGCAGUUCAGGAAGUUUGACGAAUGUGAAAUCAGUUGAAAAUUCUCAGUCUGGUUCAAAUGGGGAAAGAUAUUCAAAAUCAGAUGAAAACUCAAGACAUGUUUCAAGGAACAAAGGAGAGAGAGGCGAUGACAGAUAUGAGCCAGGUAAAGCAGAUUCAGCUUCAAAUUCAAAAUCGCAAAUUUCGGAAUCAACAAAAGUAGACAUCGAAAAUUUAAGACGAACGGGCAAAAAUCACAGGAAGUUUGAAAGCAAUAGCAAAAAUUAUGAAACUUCAGACUCCAGGACUCAGUUGGAAGAGACACAAUCUAGAACGAAUAGUAGAUCCUCAAAUACGGAUUCUGCGAAAUCAGAUGAUACUGAAAAUUCAAAUCAAAAUUUAAAAAAUGAAAGAAAUUAUGAUGGACAAAGUGAAAGCAAAAAAUAUGACACUUCAAAUUCCAGGACUCAAGCGGAAAGGACUGCUUCAUUAUCCAGAACACAUGAUAGGUCUCCCAUUUUGGAAUCUGCUAAAUCAGAUAAUACGCAAAAUUCUAGACAAAAUUUGAAAAUGGAGGGAAAUUUUGAAGACCGUGAUCGCAAAAAUGUUGAAACUUCAAGCUCCAACACUCAAAUUCCAGAAGGUGAGGGACCAACUUUACAAUCUAGACCGCACUCUUCACUUUCAGAAUCUUCAAAAUUGGAAAAUUCAAAUGCAAAUUCCAAACAGACGUCAAAUCGAAACGAAGAAAAUGAUGAGAAACCAACUUCAAAUUCCAGGACGAAAAUUACUGACAGUGAAAGGACUGCAUCACAAUCUCGAGGCAGAAUUAGCUCAUCACUUUUGGAAAAAUACCCCUGGCUAUCAACCCGAUUUCCACAUAGAUUCGGAUCAGCUGCGAGAUCACCAACUUCCGUUUUGAAUCCUCGGCAAGAUUCCAGAGCUUCACUAACCAGGACAAAUUCUACAUCAACUGGAGCGGGGAAAACGAUUUCAAGAAGUAUACCAACUCGAGUUUCAGGGGCAACCGGCGCAGCGGGGGUGCCUAUAAUUAAAGAGUCAAGACUGGCCAACGAAGACGACAAAAAUAUUCCCAAAUCAGAUUCGCUGAAGAAUAAUAUAGGAACUGAGUCUGUAAAGUCUAUUGUAAAUAAAGGAGUUAGCGAUACGACAAGACAACAAGCUACCUCUACAAGUUCUAUCAAUUUGAAUGGACAUACAAAUUCCAAAGUUACAGACAAUGAAAGUCAUGAGAGAGAUGAUGAAGAAGAAAACAAUGACAAAUUUGAUAGGAAAAAUCCAGAAAUUAGUAAAAAUAUUGACGGAGAAGAAGCAACCAAUAGUAGGGCAGUUUCAACAUCACGGAGAACAAAUACUGGAAACAGUGGUAGAAUACGAUUUGGGAGUAGAUUUUCUUCUAAACUGGCUCAAACUGAGACAAAAGCAGUUGUGAGCAGUCCUGAUAGUAGCAAUGUCAAUGGAAAUACUCUAACCAGGACAGAUGGGUUGGUGCCCGGUGGAACUUCUAAUGGAGAGGGCUUAAGAGGGCAGGGAGGGAGGACACGGUACCCAACAAGAGGGAAGCCAAUCAACGGAGGAGGAGGGUACAAGCCAGCCAAUGGAAAUGAUAAAAAUGGGCGACCGAACUUGACAACAGCUGAGGAUAAAGAACCCGCGACGUUGGAUGAGUCCAGUAAAGCGAAUGGUCAGAGGUACAUCUCAGGCCCGGAUGGGACCAAAUGGCUGCUGGACUUGGAGAGAGGUCUGCUCAUGAACUCAGAGGGACGGGUUCUUCAGGACUCACAGGGAAAACCCAGGAGAGUGGUGUUGGGAGAAGACGGCCGAACCAUAUUUGACUUGACAGGCAGUCCGCUGAUGACCCAGGAGGGCGUGGCUCUGUUUGGACACGGCAGAGACAGUCGCCCUGUGGUCAACCCCAAAGACAAGAUGCUCAUGGUAGGAGGGAAACCUCUUCUGGGCCUGGAUGUACCCAAACGCAGGACUACUACCCCCACUACUACCACUACCACUACUACUACUACUACUACUACUACUACUACUACUACUACCCCAGCUCCUACUACUACAACUGUAGCUCCUACACCAGAAUGGACCUCUCCUCCAUUUCCAACAUGUCCACCAGGGACCUACUCCAAAAAAGAUGAAUACGGAUACCCUGAGGUGGAUGACGAAGGAAUAUUGGACUGUUACCUCAUAGAAGAGGAAUCUUCAGGGAUGAACGACUUUGAGAAAGAUGAGCUGAUCCCUCAGACCACACUACUUCCCAUCACCACAGUCCCCAGCACAGUGGCUCCCAGACCCACCAACAAAGGGCCCACCAAUGAGUUCGACCUCAGUGGCAAGAAGCGCUUCACAGCUCCAUACGUGAACUACAUCCAGAAGGACCCGGGCGCUCCGUGCUCCUUGACCGAGGCUCUGGAGUACCUGCAGGUGGAUGUCCUGGAGAACCUACUGGAGAAGGACAACCCGGUCACUCAGGCUCCUCCUAAGAACAAGCCUCACAACCUGACCGUGGUGGCCAUGGAGGGCUGCCACUCCUUCAUCAUCCUGGACUGGGCCCGGCCGCUCAAGGACGACAUGGUCUCAGGUUACAUGGUGUACUCUGCCUCAUACGACGACGUGCUGAACAACAGAUGGUCCUCGCGCUCCUCCAGUGGGACACAUCUGGCUGUGGAGAACCUCAAGCCCAACUCCAGGUACUACUUCAAAGUGCAGGCCAAGAAUGUGUUUGGCCUGGGCCCGGUCAGCGACACUCUCACCUAUGUCACAGAGUCAGACGAUCCUCUGCUCAUCGAACGGCCGCCUGGGGGCGAGCCCAUCUGGAUCCCGUACAGCUUCAAGUAUAACUCCGCCCACAGCUCGUGUAAAGGAAGUCAGUACGUCAAGCGCACGUGGUACCGGAAGUUUGUGGGCGUGGUCCUCUGCAACUCUCUGCGCUACAAGAUCUUCAUGGGAGACGGCCUCAGAGAGCCCUUCUACAGUAUAGGGGACACGCUGGGACAGGGAGAAGACCACUGUCAGUUUGUUGACUCGUACAGGGAUGGGAGGACAGGCCCCGCCUACCUGUCCAACAUGCUGCCCUCCGCUCAAGGAUAUUACCGCGCGUACAGACAGGAACCUGUGACCUUUGGAGUGAUCGGCCGCAGGACAAACCACCCGUUCGUGGGAUGGUACGAGUGUGGAGUCCCCAUCCCGGGAAAGUGGUAACCUCCUCCAGGACAGAGGAGAUAUGGGACUAUGGACUCACAUCAGGCUCGGUGUCACCCAGCCUGCCGUUCUGAAAGACUGACACCACUACAUGUACCAAGGGCCCACAGAGAGAGAAUAUAGUACUUUAAAUACUUUGAAAUGUAUAUCUUUAAUUGCACUUUUGACAUAAAGCAGUCUGUAUAUGAGGAGAUUAUGUGCAUGUGUGUUUCUGGAAUUGUUUAACGUUUAAAAUUCAAAAUUAUUUAAAUGUAAUUUCCAGGGCGGGGCUAAGCACAGAGUAAAGCAUUUAAACAAAACAUUUUUAGAGCUGCUAGUGCUGGUUGUGCUCUGUGUAACUUUUCCGUUCUGAGGGUACACUGCCUGCUCGUCUCCAUGGCAAUGUUAUUGCUUUGCCCAGAAUGUUCCAGUUUCCACAUGGCAUUAAACAUAUGUAUCUACAUGAAGACAAACAGGUGUAUUACAAAUCAGAUCUGUGGAAAGGCGACCCGACUCACAGUAAUAAUCCAUGUGAUUUUUUAUAACUGUACUAUAACUGAAUAAAUGAAAGAUACAAAGGGCAAAGCAAUAACAUCUCCAUGGAGACAAGCAAGUGACAGACACUCCAACAGAAAAGUUACAUAGUGGACCUUAAACCACAGCAACUGCUCCAUGCUGACAUCGACUGGUUUUGGAAGAAACUUUAUGUAUUUUUUUCAUCCUCAGUUUAGAAUACAAUGAGAAAUCUAUAAGCUAACCUCACUAACAAUGUAACAAAGCACCAAGCUUUGAACUUAAAACAUGGACUAUAAAUCUUUGGGACAACAAACAUGGAAAAACAAAAGCACUGCACAAUAGCUUUGCCUUCAAACCAGUUUAGAUAUAAAGAAUAUAAAGAUGCACUUUGUAACUUUUCUGAUGCACCAACGCUUUGUUUCCAUGGAGAUGUUAUUGCUUUGCCUGUAAUGUUCCAUAAUGGCAUUAUAGUUUACACUUUGUCGAUGACUUCAGCAAUCUAUCAGAUAUCUUAUCUCCAUGGAGACAAACAAGUGACACCUCCAGGCCAAAUUACUGGUCAGAUCUAUGAAGAGGCGAGCCCGUUCACAGUAAGAAUGCUUGAUUUUAAGGUAUUUUUGAGCAAUAAAAACUGAACAAAUGCGGUGUAGAUUGAAUAAUGCCAUACUGUGGAACAUUCCAGGCAUUGCAGUAACACCUCCAGGGAGACAAGAAAAGUUACACAAUGCACCUUUUUAAAGCAAAGACUAUGUAAAGACUUUAAAUUUUUUUCUUAGUUCAAACAUUUAACUCAUUUUGAAAUUUUGUCAAUAAUUUUGUCAAUAAUGAUGUCGACCAUUUUGUUUCUCUUUGAUGCUAUUUGCACUAUUUUUCUGUAAGCAGUGUUAUUAUACCUACAAAGUGUUUAUAGACCCAAGAUGUUCUUUCCUUUUCAGUAAAUCUGUGUGUCACUUCAAACGGACUAUAUUUCAUUCAUACCCCCCUCCCAUUCAUAAAUUCAUCAUCUCAACUACUACUUUUGAUUUCAGCAUUUUUGGUUCCCAGUAUUCCAGAAAUUACUGUAUUCAUUUUUGUAUGUACUUAAACAGACAAAGAAUAAAGUAUUGGCUCAGGAACUAUUGAAUGUACAUGACCGUAACAUCCCCAAACUCAUACAAUACUGUCUAAUUACCAUUUGUGUCUUUCAGAAGUUGACGAUGAUAUUUAAU